AUGAGACCUCCACAUCUCCACCUCUCCGCCGCCUCCGGCGCUCAGGGCGGCCUGGGGAAGCUGCUGCUGCCGCUACUGAUGGCGCAAUUCUGGGUCUCGGAGGCUCUGCUGCUCCCCGCAAACGACACAAGCUCCCGCGUCGUGGCCUCCGGAGCCCCGUGCGCUCACGGCUCGCAGCCCUGGCAGGUGUCCCUCUUCAAUGGCCUCUCGUUCCACUGCGCCGGCGUCCUGGUGGACAGGAGUUGGGUGCUCACCGCUGCACACUGCGGGAACAAUAAGCCCCUGUGGGCUCGAGUCGGGGAUGACCACCUGCUGCUGCUGCAGGGCGAACAGCUGCGCCGGACCUCUCGUCCUAUCGUCCACCCCAAGUACCAGCAGGGCUCGGGCCCCAUCCUGCCGAGGCGCACAGACGAGCAUGACCUCAUGCUGCUGAAGCUUGGCAGGCCUGUGGUGCCGGGGCCUCGAGUGAGGCCCCUGCGCCUGCCCUUCCGCUGCACGCAGCCCGGGGACCAGUGCCAGAUCGCCGGCUGGGCCACCACUUCCUCCCGGAGAGUGAAGUACAACAAGGGCCUGAGCUGCUCCAGGGUCACUAUCCUGAGCCCUAAGGAGUGUGAAGUCUUCUAUCCCGGCGUGAUCACCAGCAACAUGAUGUGUGCAGGACUGGAUCAGGGCCAGGACCCCUGCCAGAGUGACUCUGGUGGCCCUCUGGUCUGUGACGAGACCCUGCAGGGCAUCCUUUCAUGGGGCGUUUACCCCUGCGGCUCCGCCCAGCAUCCAGCUGUCUACACGCAGAUCUGCAAGUACCGCUCUUGGAUAGAGAAGACCAUCCGCUCCAACUGACCCAGGAUGCCCUGCAACUCCUUCUCCACCUGCCCCUCUUCCUCCGACCUCCCCUCCUUCCUCCAUCUGGGCUGGGCUCUCCCCCUGCCCCACUCAAAUUUCUGCCACCCAUGCACACCUGCUAACAUCUCUCCUCUUUCCUCACACCCCCUGCCCACUGCUGCUCUCUGCCCGCACUGACGCUGAG